CAAGCGUUCUCCUCGGAGCGUGCCACAAGCGUAGCGUGCCCCGUUUCUGCCAGCUCAGUCCUUGUCUUCGAACGUCACUAAGCCAAGAUAGGAGACUUUGGUGUGACUUCAGGGGCCAUGGCUGCUUGCAAGAGCCGCGAAAAGCUGCAGUGGCGUCACAACCAGCAGUGCCGCACGCAGAUGAGUACCGCGCCUAGUUACAGUCACGAGGGAGAAGACGCAGGUGACGACUCGAAGCGUACCGACAGCAUCGUCCAUGGCUUCAAAGUGAUCACAGUGGCAUCACCGGACACAGUACCGCCUUUCUCAGACGUGACGCCGUCUUGCAUCUCUUUUCGUGGGUGGCCUCGUACAUUCGGACCAAGCAUCUCUAUCAUCGGCGAAACUGUCGGUGCGUGCGUCACCUCCUUCUGGACCGAGAACAGCAACGCCCAGCUCGAGCUCCCAGCUCCGUGUUUUCUCUGCGAUUACGACAUCGAUGUUCUCGAAACGACCGAAGACGCGCGAUUCCUGCCGUACCCGGAGCCGAUAGUUUCCAACGCCAACGUCCGAAAUAAAAACGGGACCCACGCGGUCAGAACGGAUGGCGGCGUCGAUGGUGGCGAUUGCGGCGGCGCACGUCUACUGCUUAACGCGACGAACAACAAGUCCAACGGCGACGUACAGCUGGACCAGACCACCGUGGGACACGAUCCGAUAUGGGAAAGUUUCCAGCACGCACACGCCUGUGGUCAUGACAUGCGCAAUUCUGUCUGUGACCGAGAGUCCUCCAAGGGCGUAACCAUAAUGGCGUAACAUUUGUGCGAGUAGAGGUCUCCGAGAAGAGCACUGCAGCUUUGGGGCUCCCGGCCACUGCCCCCAUUUACACCAGCUUUGUGGCCACGUGCUACGAGAGGGUGGGAACGGUCUAAUGUGGCCUGAGAAAAGACGAAUCACGCGGCUUCCAAUCAUGGGCUCGUGUACAGUAUUUAAAUAAUUUCUUACUUAGUAGUAUGUUUGUGAUAGGGAUAAAUAUCAUUGUACUGGAGAAUAAAUAUUAUC